UUUUUACGCGGUUGAGUGAGUUUACAAAGUGUUUUUGUAGAGUACUGUAAAAUACUUAGACAACUAAUCCAUUCGGAAAACAUCAUUAGAGCGGAGCGCAUUACUUUAUCGAGGGAGCUUGAAGAUCCAGAUAAAUGUGCCAAUAUGACUAUGGCGGAAGCAGAUGAGAAAUUUGGAUUGCUUCGAAAGCUCUCAAGAAAGCUCGAGAUCGCUGAAGACAAUGUUACCAGAAUUGAAAGGGUGCUAAAGCCUGAACGAAGAUGGCAGAUAAAUAGCACAGAAUACGCAAGCGCAAAAGAAGCAAAAGCAAAGCGAGAAAAGGAAGAUAGCCUGUAUAAACUAAAAUCACAUAUAAUCUCGCGUAAGAUGAUGUAUGAUCAGCUGCGUAAUCGAGAGGGCAAAAUAGGCGAAAGAGUAAGCACGAAAGUUAGAAGCGCAAUCAAGAAACAAAGCACUGCAGCUGAAAAGCAAUUGAAGCUAUACAAUGCUGCUUGCCAUCUGUUGUUGGAGCCUGAAGUCCAGUGGGAGGAUGUCUGUCAUCUGGAGACACGAUUUUGGGAACAGCACCAUAUAGCAGAAAGCAACGACGUCGACGUUCUCAGAGAGAUUAUGAACAUUAAGCGCGCCGAGGAAGAGCUGAUAAUGAUCGAGGUUAGUGCUAUGGUACUUCAUUGAAACUCCAUACUGUGAUCUCAACUUUCCACUUAGGACGAAGAAAAGAAUCUGGAAGCAUACGCUGCAGCACGUUAUAGCGCCAUUCAAGAUGCCAUAGAGGCGACGCAUGACGAUGGGUGGCAAGCUAUUCUUGGUGAUCUUUUGGAACAAGCUGAACGUCUCCAAUGUAAUAUCAGAAGCAGCAAACCGCGUACUGUUGGUGAAAUUUCACAGAUCGACAACGACGAACAAUACGGUGACGAUGCGGACGAUGAAUAUGACGAAGACGUUUACUUUGUCCAUGCUGAGACAUAUGAGGAUAUUGAGAAG